AUCGGCGUAUAGUUACGGCAGAAACAAAGACGCCCUAGCCAAUGACAGAGGCCGUACGGCGGAAGUGUAGAAAUGGACUCUCGGGAACAUGGCACCAUUAAUCUGACCACAAGCUGACUGGCAGGUUCUUUGACCACAAGCUCUGACUCCAGGCCCUGUCCCCUGAGCUCUGCCCUCGGAUGUCCGACCGCCCAGAGCCUGCAUGCGCCGUGGGGCGCCCCAGGACCAGGAGCUGGUGGGUCCGGGGCCCCCUGGGCGGGGGUCCCGGGGCGCCCCUCCUCCCUUGGGACCCGUUGUCCCGGUCCUGGUCUUUCCCCCGGAUCUAGUAUUCAGGGCGGACCAGCGGAGCGGACCCCGACAGCUGUUGACCCUCUAUAACCCCACAGGAACUGCGCUUCGCUUCCGAGUCCUGUGCACAGCACCUGCCAAAUACACGGUGUUUGACGCAGAGGGAUAUGUGAAGCCCCAGUCUUGCAUUGACAUUGUGAUUCGCCAUGUGGCACCCAUUCCCAGCCACUAUGAUGUCCAGGACCGCUUCCGCAUUGAGCUGUCUGAGGAAGGAGCUGAGGGCCGAGUGGUGGGACGCAAGGACAUUACCUCCGUUCUGAGAGCCCCAGCGUACCCCCUUGAGCUUCAGGGACAGCCAGAUCCAGCGCCUCACCCAGGGCCUCCUGCUGGGACACCACCACCCACGGCCAGACACUUCCAGGAGCACCCCCGCCAGCAACUGGCCACCAGCUCCUUCCUCCUCUUCUUGCUGACGGGGAUUGUCUCUGUGGCCUUCCUGCUGCUCCCACUCCAGGACGAACUCGGCAGCCAGCUGCCUCAAGUCCUGCACGUCUCCCUGGGACAAAAGUUGGUGGCUGCCUACGUCUUGGGCCUCCUCACCAUGGUGUUCCUCCGGACCUGAGCUCCCUCCUCAACCGCCAGCCCACCCCACCCUCCCUGGGCAGGGUCUUGAGGCAGCCACUGUGAUGCUCAUACCUUACCUUGCCUCCUACCCUCUUCUCUUUCCUGCCUACUCCUCACUCCUUCCUGACAAAAAACACCCAGGGAUUUGUACUCGUUUUCCAAGUCGAAUAAAAUACAUUUUUAAAAUGAAAAUCAGAAA